ACCGCAUCGAUAUAUUAAUUAAUUUACCCCGCCAAAUCCAAUCCCAUCUUCACCUCCACACUUUACUCACCACAGCUCUUGACUCCAACACCAUCAGAGUCGCAACAAAAUAUCACAAUCAUGGCACCCCGAACAGAGUACGUCUCUACCUCGAAACCUCAUCCACCCAUUCCCGUCUCUGCUACACCAUCUUCUGGCUAACACCAUGCCAGUUUCCCCCCAAUCCGAGCCUGUCUUUUUGACAUGGAUGGACUCCUCCUCGACUCUGAAGACAAAUACACCAUCGUAACCAACACUCUCCUGAAGAAGUAUAACAGACCCCCAAUUCCCUGGUCCAUUAAAGCACAACUUCAAGGACGUCCCGCAGCCUCCGCCACCGAAAUCUUCUUUAAUUGGGCCAAUCUCCCAAUUUCCAGAGAACAAUAUAACGAAGAACAAGAAUCGUUAAAGAGAGAAUUAUUCCAGACUUGUAUGCCAUUACCCGGCGUAACAAAAUUAUUAGAAGAUUUAGAAAUUGCGAGGACGAAAGCGAAAGAAGGGGGUAAGGAGAGGAAGUUACAUAUUGCUCUUGCGACGAGUAGUCAUAAGGAAAUGUACGAUGCGAAAACUAUGAACCAUGUGGCACUUUUUGAAGUCUUUCUUCCACAUCGAAAGGUUUUGGGUGAUGAUCCACGAAUUGGGCCUGGACGGGGUAAACCUGCUCCGGAUAUUUAUUUACUAGCGUUGGAUACUAUAAAUCAGAGUUUGGAAGAUGGAGAGGAGCCUGUGAAACCGGAGGAAUGUCUUGUAUUUGAGGAUUCGGUGCCGGGUGUGGAAAGUGGAAGAAGAGCGGGCAUGAGAGUAGUAUGGUGUCCGCAUCCUGAAUUAAAAGGAGAAUUUGUAGGAAGGGAAGGAGAGGUAUUGGCGGGAUCGACGGGAGAAGGGGGAAACUUGAAAGAAGAUGGUAUUGUAGGAACGGUGGGAGAUGGGUGGGGUGAAUAUUUGGAGACUUUAGAAAAUUUCCCCUACCAGAGGUAUGGAAUUUUGGUAAAGUAGAAGAGGGCUUUUAAUUCUGCAUAUACAUGCAUAGCUCUUGGUAGAAUAUGUAGAGCCAAUAGAUUUGAAUUACAGAGCAGAACAGUUACCUACCUAUCAUGUUCCAUUGCGAGAAACAUCAUACAACAACGUACCAUGAAUAUAUCUCACGCACAGGUAGAGAGGUAAUCGUGCCGAUCCUUCCUUCAGUAGUCG